CUCAACAAUCAACAUCUCCUUAAAUUAAGCAGUUGAUAAAAAAGAUGGAAGAAGAUAUAUACACAACUUUACAAACCUUUGUCAAGCAUAGUAGUCAAGCCGAGGACAGGAGUACAUCAGAUAGUCUCUACAAUGACACCAGUACACCAACUAUGUACUCUGAAAGCAGUACAAUAGGGUAUAUUUUCAAGACAAAUAGUUCUCGUACUGACUGGUCGUCUAGUACAGCUCAACAUAUGUCCAGCCGCAGUGUUGAUCAUGAGAAUGUCGAAUGGGGGUUUUGCAGAGAUAAAUUGUGGGACUUGGAUGUUACUUGGAACACAGAAAAUCCAGAUUUUACCUCAUGCUUUCAGCUCACAGUACUCACGUUUAUACCUACCCUAGUACUCCUUAUAGGACUUCCGUUCCAAAUUUAUGCUUCCUACACAUCCAGAAACAGAUAUACUCCCUGGGGGGUUAUCAAUGUUACAAAGAUUGUUCUAACCCUACUAGUCUGCAUUAUUAUUGUUCUAACCCUACUCCUAGACGAUUCUUUCUGUUGUUUUAUAACAAGUAUUAUCAUUGUAAAGGUAGAAUCUGCACAGUUAACAGCUGAAGGAAUCAGGAUAAUAUCAUAUUUAACAGCUAUCAUCAUACUCUUCAUCAACAGGGCUCGAGGAGAAGUUACGUCAGGUCCUUUGUUUUUGUACUGGCUGGCAGUUGUUGUCUGUGGAGCACCAGAAUUCAGAUCGUCCAUCACUAGUCCGUAUCUGAGCGGUGAGGAGCAAAUAACCCCUGUUCUAACCUACACUAUACAGUAUCCAAUCAUACUUGCACUUUUCAUCCUCUCUUUCUGGGCAGACAACAAACCGAAGUAUAUAGAUCUUGAGCUAGAGGCUGAAAACUUAACACCGGAAGUAUUCGCUUCCUUCCCGAGUAAACUGUUUUUUAUCUGGUUUGAUCCGUUUGCAUGGGUCGGAUGGAAAAGAUUGAUUAUGCGUGAAGAUCUGUGGUCUCUGAAGCUUGAAGAGAGGUGUAGAUCAGUAAUACCUAUCUGGGAUGGAUAUUGGAAUGCUGCUGUAAAAUCUACCAGACAAACUCAGAAAAAACUCUCAAUUCUUCCCGUUCUAGUGAAAUGUUUUGGUAUUGAUUAUUUAUGGUCUUCUAUUAUAUACUUCUUCUAUUCACUCAUGCUCUUCGUUUCUCCACAAGUAGUAAGCCUAAUAAUUGGGUUUGUUGAAUCUGAUGAACCUGAGUGGCGAGGAUAUCUGUAUGUUGGUAUAAUAGUAGUUUCAAGUCUUAUCAACAUUGUUCUUAAUGCACAGUAUUGGUAUAUUCAAUGGUUGAUAGGACUGCGUGUUAGAACAGCUCUGACGUCAGCCAUCUAUAGAAAAUCUUUAAAACUUUCAAACAAGGCAAAACGGGAAAUGACAGUUGGUGAGACAACCAAUCUGAUGUCUAUUGAUACCCAGAAGUUCAUGGAUCUUGUACUUUAUCUAAAUAUGGUCUGGUCUUCCCCUCUACAGAUUAUUCUCUGUAUGUACUUCUUGUGGGGUAUCCUUGGACCCUCUUCCCUAGCAGGUGUGGCAGUAAUGAUUUUGAUGAUACCUGCAAACUCUGUGGUGGCAAGCAAGAUGAAAAAAUAUCAGAGGGAGCAAAUGCAGAACAAGGACAAGCGAACAAAGCUAAUGGAUGAGGUCCUAAAUGGUAUUAAAGUCUUAAAACUGUACGCUUGGGAAUCAUCGUUCUCUUACAAGCUCUUAAGGAUAAGAGAUACUGAAAUCAAGAGCUUGAAGAAGGCAGCAUACAUGAAUGCAUUCACAACAUUCCUGUGGACAUGUGCACCCUUUCUGGUAGCAAUAUCAUCCUUUGCAGUAUAUGUACUUAUUGAUGAAAAUAAUAUUCUUGAUGCUCAGGUUGCAUUUGUAUCACUAACCUAUUUCAAUCUGUUGAGGAUGCCACUAAAUUUCCUUCCUAUGCUAAUGGUUUUUGUUGUCCAAUGCGCUGUUUCUCUAAAGAGAGUUAACAAGUUUAUGAAUUGUGAGGAACUGGAUCCAUUGAAUGUGACACAUGAUGAAGGUUUUGACCAUCCAGUGUUUGCCGAGCAGGCUGACUUUACUUGGGAUGAUGAAUCAAAACCUAACUUAAAAGGCAUCAGUAUGAGGGUGGAAGAAGGUUCCCUAGUAGCUGUUGUUGGACAAGUUGGUUCUGGAAAGUCAUCCUUGCUCUCUGCUAUGCUAGGGGAAAUGAAGAGGGUGAGAGGUGCAAUGAACUUGAAAGGAAAGGUAGCAUAUGCUGCUCAGCAAGCUUGGAUUCAGAACAGCACACUUCAAGAUAAUAUCUUAUUUGGAAAAAGGUUUAACAAGGAUUUAUAUGACAGAGUUAUUGAGUCCUGUGCACUAAAGCAAGAUCUGGAAAUGCUUCCAGGUGGGGAUCAAACUGAAAUUGGAGAGAAAGGAAUAAACUUAUCAGGGGGUCAGAAGCAAAGAGUAAGCAUUGCAAGAAGUGUUUACAGUAAUGGUUCAUUGUAUCUUUUAGAUGAUCCUCUUUCUGCAGUAGAUGCUCAUGUUGGAAAACAUAUAUUCAAAAAAGUGAUUGGCCCAAAGGGAUUAUUAAAGAACAAGACUAGAGUGCUUGUAACCCAUGGGGUUAGUUUUUUGCCAGUAGUUGAUAAAAUCUUUGUGAUGAAAGAUGGAGAAAUAACAGAAUCUGGGUCUUAUAAAGACCUCCUUGACAAGAAAGGAGCCUUUGCUGAUUUUCUUAUUCAAUACCUAACAAACAAUGAAGACUCAGAAAAUCCGGAAACUGAGACAGAGCUCUUAGAUUUAAAGUUUGAACUUGAAAACACAAUUGGAAAAAAAACAUUGGAAACUAGGUUAAGUAAAGAAAGAUCUGAGAAAUCAUCACUCAAUUCCCAAAUAUCAUCUUUGACUGCUUUAGAGUCUCCUGCUAAACAUACAUCUGAAAAUAUAACUAACAAGGCUAACUUUUCCCAGUUAGAAAAUUUGAAAAAUGUUGGCAAAGAUUUAAUUGUUACAGAGAAAACUGAGGUUGGAAAUGUUAAGUUUUCAAUCUAUUCCUAUUAUGCUAGAUCUAUUGGUUAUGCCGCAACCAUAGCAAUAUUGGUCUGCUUUACCCUUAAUCAAGGAUUUGCAGUAGGAUCAAACCUUUGGCUCUCCAGGUGGUCAAAUGACAUCAGGGCAGCAAACGACACAAGGUUAAGAAACAUGUACCUCGGUGUUUAUGGUGCUCUAGGAGUACUUCAAUCAGUCUUUGUACUAAUUGGAACAUUAUUGUUUUUAAUUUUUUCCCUGGAAGCCUCAAAAUUAAUGCAUAACAGUAUGUUAGAAAGAAUCCUGAAGGCUCCAAUGUCAUUUUUUGACACAAAUCCUCUUGGAAGAAUUCUCAAUAGAUUUUCAAAGGAUAUUGAUGCCAUAGACUCCACUUUACCAACAUUUGUCAGAAGUUGGAUAAAUCAGCUUCUGAGCGCCAUAGGAACUGUUAUAGCCGUAGUGUUUGCCAUUCCUGUUUUUAUUUUGGUCUUUAUUCCGCUUGUAAUCCUCUUUGUUAUUCUUCAGAAAAGCUAUAUUACUACAGCAAGACAAGUAAAGAGGAUAGACUCUAUUUCAAAAUCACCAAUUUUUAAUCAUUUUGGAGAAACCUUAUCUGGAAGUGCAACAAUACGGGCAUUUGACAAGAUUGAACAAUUUGAACUGGACAAUCAAAGACAUAUUGACUACAACCAAAUGUUUACAAUUCCUUCCUAUUUAUCCAACAAGUGGUUAGGAAUUAGAAUAGAAACCCUAACUGGCAUAUUUCUCACUCUUGUUGCACUAUUUUCUGUAAUUUUCAAGGGUAAGAUUGAUCCUGGUUUGGUGGGAUUAUCUUUGAGCUAUGCUGUCAGCUUAUCUGCUGUUGUUUAUUUUCUUGUCAGAGAUUCAGGAGAUGUGGAGACUAAUAUGGUGUCAGUAGAAAGAAUUCAAGAAUAUCAAGAAGUACCUCAAGAAGCCCCCUUUGACAUACCUGAAAAUGAUCCAGAACCAGAAUGGCCAGAACAUGGUGAAGUUUGGUUUGACAAUUACCAAACCAGAUAUAGAGAAGGAUUGGAUCUUGUACUGAAGGGUAUAGAUUGCCAUAUUUUGAGCGGAGAAAAGGUUGGUAUUGUCGGUAGAACAGGAGCAGGCAAAUCUUCAUUGACAUUGGCACUUUUCAGGCUUAUAGAACCUUCUGGAGGGUCGAUUCUAAUUGAUGGCAUACAUAUUUCUCAACUAGGUCUAUCAAAACUAAGAUCAAGGAUAACAAUAAUUCCUCAAGACCCAGUUCUCUUUUCUGGAACUAUCCGUUCCAAUCUUGACCCCUUCCAACAGUUUACUGAUAGUAAAGUUUGGAAAGCCCUGGAGCAAACUAAUCUGAAUGAAAUGGUUUCUAGACAUCAAAAGAAGCUAGAAUUUGAGGUAUCUCAAGGUGGAGAAAACUUAUCAGUCGGACAAAGACAACUGAUUUGCUUAGCAAGAGCAUUACUAAGAAAAACAAAGGUGCUAGUUCUUGACGAGGCUACUGCAGCAGUUGAUUUGGAGACUGAUGACCUAGUACAGGCAACCAUCAGAUCAGAAUUUGUUGACUCUACUGUUAUAACAAUUGCACAUAGGUUGAACACAAUCUUGGAUAGUAACCGUGUGAUGGUUCUUGAUGCUGGAAAAAUAGCUGAGUUUGAUUCUCCACAAAACCUUAUGAAAGAUACUAGUUCAAUAUUCUAUGGAAUGGCUAAAAAUGCUGGUCUAGCAAACAAUCCCUAGUUUAAAUAAUUCAAAAUAAUAAUGUAAUUGAUAGAUUGUUAAUUAUUUAAUAAAGAUAUUUAUGAUACUGAA